AUGUUCAACGAAGGCGAAGACAAUUAUGAAUAUGAACAUCGACGCGUUAUUAAAGCUCUUCUUUUAAUUGGAAUUCGCUGUGAACGUGACUUAUUGCUCACUCCUAAUGAACAUAUCUUGUCAAAUCGAAAUUUCUACGCCCCGACGCGUGAUCUAGAAAUUUUUCGCAAAUUUGUUCAAGAUAAAUUCAAAGCCGUCCCACAAACAGGUCUUGAUCUUUUGCAACAAAGAAAUUGUACUCCAUUAUCAACAGGAUGUGAAAACAUCGAUAACUUAUUGGCGGGUGGUAUUUACCCCGGUGAGAUUACAGAGAUUUGUGGUCCAACAGGAACUGGGAAAACUCAGAUGGCAUUCUUUGCAGCAAUAACAACUGUGAUAUCGUCACCUGAUACCAAUACUGUAUUGUAUAUUGACACUCUGAACGGAUUCUCUUCGGAUCGUGUCGGCUCGCUAUUUCUCGGUAGCGAUCGAUUUGCGAGUGCGCGGGAUAGGGGAAUUGAUUGGGUUAAAGUACUUGAUUGCAUUCGAGUGGUGAAAUGUUUUGAUGUGUACUCAGUUAUGGACGUUAUUGAAGCGAUGAAAUAUAAUAAUAAUGAUGACAAUGAUGAUACUCGGCCACAACAAGAAGAAAAUAAUACGGAUGAAUUUUAUCAAAAUUUGAAACUGAUCAUUAUUGAUUCCAUAAGCGCUGUUUUGUCUUCGUUGUUAUCUAGCUCUACGAGUCAAGGUCAUUCGCUAAUGGUUUCACUGAUGCGGAUGCUCUUAACCCUUGCCAAAAAACGGAAUAUUGGUAUUCUGGUGAUAAACACAUCAGUGUAUGCUUAUCCAAACAACCAGGCAUCAGCAUUCGCGUACACUAUUACAAAACCAUCUCUUGGUAUGACUUGGACAUACCUCACUAACAUACAACUCUACAUCACCGAUUGUCCGGAAGAAUUACACGAAACAUCUGGUAAUAGUAAUGGAGAUGGACCACAAAUACAAGAAUAUUAUUAUACAAAUCGAGAAGGGGUAGAGUGUAUUAUGAAGCCAAGGAUCGUUGAAGUUUUGAAAUCGAGGAAUCAGCAAAUGGGACAGUGGUGUUUUAUCUAUAUGGGAGAAGAAUUAUUGUGGGAUAAUUUAAAAAUUCCACAAGAAAAUAUAUUUAUAAGUCAAAAAGUUAGUAUUAACAAAAAACAGAAUAGUGGGGGAUAUACAUCUGGUGUAGCUGGACUGAUAGUUGGUAGUCCACUUGAUGUUCUUCGGGUCCGACUUCAAGUACCACAACGGCCGAUCAACAAUAGUAAUCGUAAUGCUUCGCCUGCAAAUGUCACAGCAACAACGCCCGGUCUUUGGCGAAUGAUGCAAACAGAAGGGGUGGGAUCAUGGUUCAAAGGCAUCGCAUCACCAAUAAUAGGUCUCGCAUUUUUAAAUGCGAUUUUAUUCACUUCAUAUGGCGGAAUCCUUCGAUUUCUAGAUGAGAAUAAUAUAUUUUCCAACAGUAAUCAUCAUAAUCGAAAUUACGAAUCUUUUUCUAUCCCGUCACUUUCGCAGAUUUAUGUUGCGGGGUUUGGUGCUGGGGUGGCGUGUUUUGUUGUCAGCACGCCUACAGAAGUUGUAAAAUGUAAAGCGCAAGUAAAAAUGGAUCCUCAUUAUCGAUCUUCUUCCACAUGGAGUGUAUUUAGAGAUAUCAUCAAAAGACAUGGGGUCUUAGGAUUAUACCAAGGAGGAACAGCAACAAUGAUACGCGACUCAACUAGUUAUGGUGUAUAUUUCUGGGUAUAUGAAGGAUGUAAACGAUUACUAGGAGUAUCUCCUGCUAAUUAUGUCAAUUAUUCCGCUGGCGGGAACUACAUCGAUAAUAAUGAUACUUUGAAGUUACUUUUUUCUGGAGGAACAGCUGGCGUGGUGGCGUGGGCUUGUAUAUAUCCUUUAGAUGUAAUUAAAACAAGACUUCAAGUUCAAUCAUACAAACACGCUGAAAAUCACAACUCUCAGCCACUCGUAAUAACUCGUACAGCAAUCCCAUCAUCUUCAUCUUCAUCUUCAUCUCUCGAACGAACAACUCUACUACAAAGCAGGGAUGGUGCCGACGCUGGUGAGAGCUUGGCCGAAACCGGGUGGCACUAA